AUGGAGUAAGAUAAAAUUUAAAAACGCAAAAUGAGUUAUGAUGCCAAAUUAUAAAAGCUGUAAUAAUAUAGAUAAGCUUAAUAAUCAACUCCAAGAAAAACAAGGUUUCAUGAAACUAUGGCUCGAUAUUAGAAAAGUGUUGAAGAUAGAAAAUUAUAAGAUUAGGAAAGAUUAAGAAAAUUAGAAGAAAGUUUAGAAAAAGCUAACUCUAAGAAAUCAUCAAAUAUCAUAGAAAUAAAAAGAAGAAGCUUGCUUGAAUAAUUAAAAAUGGAGGAUGCACUUUUCAAUAGAGAAAGACAAUAACAUGCAAAAUAAAGUCGAUUACUAGAAAAAUUAUAAGUAAGAACAGAGAGUGUUAGACUUAAUUAGAGUGAACUUAAAAAAAAAGCAUAUCCAUUCCCGAAGUUCCUUUGUCAUAAGGAUUAAAGAUAAAAAAAUUCUAUUUUGAUAUCUCAAUUUGCAACUGAAAUUGUAAAUUAACUAGAACAUGUAGGAAUCCAUGACUUGGAAGAGAAACUACUAAAGUUAUGCUAAUCUUAAGACAAAAUACAAUAAGAAUAAUUUGUUAAAACUAAUUAUUUGUUUUUAUAUAACUGAUAUGGAUUAUCUCACAUAAGAUGAAGUAGGAGGUAUUGUUGCCAAAGGUCUAGCAUCUCUCUAUUUAGAAAGACCAUAAUUUCCUAUUGAUUAUCUUGCCAAAUGGCUUCUCACUUAUUCAGAAUUACUUAAAAAACAAAAGACAAGGGAAGAUAGAGUAUUGAAUAAUAUUUCAUAAUUAUUAGUAACAAGUUAAAGAAUCAAAAAUAAAAGAAUUUAAAGUUUUAACUGAGUAAUUAGCAUAUCUAAAAGAAGAGAGUAAUAGACUUGAAAAUUAGUAAAAAGAGAAACAUGAAUAAUUUUUGGAAUCAAUUAAAUAGGCAAAAUAUCAUGAUGAAUUUUUAGGCGAUGUAUUUUGUGAUUAUGUGGCUAAACGAUUUGUAAAUAUAAUAAUCUAUCAAUAGAGAGUAAAUACUUAUGUAUGUGAACUUGAUUUUCCAAAAAAGGAAAUAGAUUUAAAUUAAGAAGAUGAUGAAAAUGCUCACAUAAAUUUAGAAGGAACAAAGCUUUUGACAUAUAUAUAUGCUGAUUAAAAUUCUAAAUNUCUUAAGAACAACGAGAACAAUAAUUGUUAUAAUACUUUCAAAAAGAAUAAUUAAUAGAGACUCGUCGAAAAUAAAUUAGUAGUGAAAGAGAAUUUAGAGCAUAUUAAAAAGAAGUAUUAGAUACAUCUAGAAUGGAAUAAGUUUAUAGAAAUAGAGUAUAGAUAUAAAAAAUGGAGUAAGAUAAAAUUUAAAAACGCAAAAUGAGUUAUGAUGCCAAAUUAUAAAAGCUGUAAUAAUAUAGAUAAGCUUAAUAAUCAACUCCAAGAAAAACAAGGUUUCAUGAAACUAUGGCUCGAUAUUAGAAAAGUGUUGAAGAUAGAAAAUUAUAAGAUUAGGAAAGAUUAAGAAAAUUAGAAGAAAGUUUAGAAAAAGCUAACUCUAAGAAAUCAUCAAAUAUCAUAGAAAUAAAAAGAAGAAGCUUGCUUGAAUAAUUAAAAAUGGAGGAUGCACUUUUCAAUAGAGAAAGACAAUAACAUGCAAAAUAAAGUCGAUUACUAGAAAAAUUAUAAGUAAGAACAGAGAGUGUUAGACUUAAUUAGAGUGAACUUAAAAAAAAAGCAUAUCCAUUCCCGAAGUUCCUUUGUCAUAAGGAUUAAAGAUAAAAAAAUUCUAUUUUGAUAUCUCAAUUUGCAACUGAAAUUGUAAAUUAACUAGAACAUGUAGGAAUCCAUGACUUGGAAGAGAAACUACUAAAGUUAUGCUAAUCUUAAGACAAAAUACAAUAAGAAUAAUUUGUUAAAACUAAUUAUUUGUUUUUAUAUAACUGAUAUGGAUUAUCUCACAUAAGAUGAAGUAGGAGGUAUUGUUGCCAAAGGUCUAGCAUCUCUCUAUUUAGAAAGACCAUAAUUUCCUAUUGAUUAUCUUGCCAAAUGGCUUCUCACUUAUUCAGAAUUACUUAAAAAACAAAAGACAAGGGAAGAUAGAGUAUUGAAUAAUAUUUCAUAAUUAUUAGUAACAAGUUAAAGAAUCAAAAAUAAAAGAAUUUAAAGUUUUAACUGAGUAAUUAGCAUAUCUAAAAGAAGAGAGUAAUAGACUUGAAAAUUAGUAAAAAGAGAAACAUGAAUAAUUUUUGGAAUCAAUUAAAUAGGCAAAAUAUCAUGAUGAAUUUUUAGGCGAUGUAUUUUGUGAUUAUGUGGCUAAACGAUUUGUAAAUAUAAUAAUCUAUCAAUAGAGAGUAAAUACUUAUGUAUGUGAACUUGAUUUUCCAAAAAAGGAAAUAGAUUUAAAUUAAGAAGAUGAUGAAAAUGCUCACAUAAAUUUAGAAGGAACAAAGCUUUUGACAUAUAUAUAUGCUGAUUAAAAUUCUAAAUUCCUAAUUGGUUAAAAUUUACUCCCAGAAACAGGAGUUACAUAUGAUGCAUUAAAAGAACCAUAACCAGAUGAAAAUGGUGAAGUAAUUUAAACUAAUGGCAUUUACAUAUCAAAUGUUGUCAAAGAACCAAGAAUUGUAUAUCAUAAAUGGCCAAAAUUGGGUGCGUAUUAUGCAAUCCCUCUUGUUUAUUAGAGUUGUCUUUAUGAACAAUCAUUUGAUUAAGGGAUUGAGUAGAGAUAGCAAUAUUUGAUACUAAAAGAGAAUUAAGACAAGGAAAGAUCAGCAAAAGAAGCAGAAUUUGAGGAAAGACUUGAAUCAGAAGAUGUAGCAAUUAUUGAAUAGGAGAAAUAAGCAUAUUUAGCAAGUUUAGAACCCCUUUUGGAACCUUCAUUUAAUUAAUAAAAAAAAGAAUAUGUUUUUUGUAUUGAUACUUUGGGUUAAGAUAGGGAGAUACCUGAAAAUCAUAGAUAAGAAAUUUUUGAUUUAGUUAAUAUGUUAAUUAAGUAAUGGGAACUUUAAGAAAUAUAAUCAAUGAAAUCUGAUGUUGAAUUAUAAUUGCAUUAUCAAUCUAAUUUGGGGGCUCCUUACAAAGAAAUAUUAGAAAAUUGGGCAUUAGAGGAAGAAUAAUUUAUUGAUAGUCAUUAGGAGAAGUUGGCAGAAUUUAAAGAAAAUGAAAAAUUAUUAUAAUAUGAGACUGAUUGUUUAAGAUUAGAAAGAUUAAGGGAGAAGUUAAACGAUAAGGAAUUUAUAUAACCACUAUUAAAUCUGAGUAAUUGUAGAAUAAUAAAAUUCAAUAUAAUAAUUUAAUCAGGUUUAUAUUUAAUUGGUGCAAAUAAAUCAGAUAUCAAUAUACCUGAUACUAAUAGAUUAAAUAUUAGAAAAUUAGUUCUUGAUGAGAAUCUAAUUUAAUAAAUAGCUGCUUACAAUCAUAGAGGACCUAAACCAGAGCCUUAAUACAAAUGGUGUUAUGUUGAUCGAGUUUAGAAAAGAAUUGAAAAAAUUGAAUAAGAAUAAGUAGAUGCUUAUAAUUUAAUAUUGGGAAGAUUGCUUAAAUAUUUGCAAUUGACAUGUAAACUAAGAAAACAAGAUAUUGAAAUAAGGAAAGAAAAUAUUGUUAAUAAAAGAAAAUAAAUUGAGUAAUUGAAAGAGGAAGCAUCUAAAUUGAUAGAACAAAAAGAAAUUGCAUUAAAAGAACAUAAAGAAUAGGUAAAAAUAAUUAAUUAUCAAAGUUAUCUCCUGAAGAGUUAGAAGAAUUUAAUUAAGAAGAGUGGGAUGCUAAUUUUGAUAGUGAACAUCCAAUGCCAGAAAUACCUGAGAAUCCAGCUGAUGAGAUUGAUGAUGAUUACAUAAUAGAACCACCUUAACAAUGA